GCUUCGCGUCUAACUCGUCUCUCCCGCACCAGCCCUGGUUUAUUUUACCUCUACUGAACCACUUCGGGAGUGAUAUAGGAUUAACUUUACCCGUUUUAUCCGAAGCCUUUGUUGAAAGAGCCUGAACAAGGAACUUGUUUUGUCUCCAUUUUUGCUUUCUCGGACGGAAUUGACAAACGGAAGAAAAUGCGUCUCAUCCACAACAUGACGACAAUUGCGGAGUAUCCGGCAGCUGAGUACUCGGUGCCCAACCGGGUCAUUAAAAUGGCUGUGAUAGGAGGCAGCGGAGUUGGGAAAACCGCGCUCGUGGUGAGAUUCCUAACGCGGCGCUUCAUCGGCGACUACGAGAGAAAUGCUGGUAAUCUCUACUCCAGAGAAGUCCAGGUUGAUGCAGAGCAAGUGACCAUCCAGGUUCAAGACACUCCUGGUGUGGAGCUGACUGACAAUGGCAUCAGUCUACCUGACCAUGUGACCUGCUCCAUCCAGUGGGCUGACGCAGUGGUGCUGGUGUACUCUGUGACAGACCGCAACAGCUUUGACUUGAUUAAUCAGUUGCACCAGCUGAUUGUUCGUGUUGGCGGCGCCAAUAUGCCUCCUGUAAUUCUUCUGGCCAAUAAAGCUGACCUGCUGCACCUGAGGCGGGUCGACUCCCAGCAGGGCCCAUUGCUGGCAAGCACACUGGGCUGCUCUUUCUAUGAAGUAUCUGCCAGUGAGGACUACAGCCAGGUGCACAAGGCUUUCCACAGGCUGUGCUGCCAGCUAGCCAAACAGCCGCCUCCUGCCUCCAACUCAGCCAGUGCUGCCACGGAGAAGAGGCGCUCGCCCCUAAUCCCCAGGCCAAAGUCUCCCAACAUGCAAGACCUGAAGAGGCGCUUCAAGCAAGCGCUGUCGGCGAAAGUCAGGACUGUCACCUCGGUGUGAGAAAGGACUCACAGAAAGGCAGAAACCAUUGAGAAAUUAGGACAGAAGAUUCAUGCUUCUCCACUGAUGUCCCGUACCAGUCUGGCUGACAAAGACGGGUGUGACAUGAACUGGUCCUAAAGGGGCUGGACGCUGAAUCUUUACAGAGGUGGUGACCUCUAAGUGGGCAGGUGUCCUUUCAGAUACCAUGUGUGAGGAGAAGCCGUGAGGAAGUUCUUCAUCUGUUCAGAAGAGAUGACUCCUCAGGACGCAGAGGCAGCAUUGUGAGGUUGACUGAAUCCGACUCUCUGCAUAUAAAAUCAAACUGUAAAUCAAGCUCUCCUGGCAACAGCAACUCUGAAGGACUACUGCUUAUUUUUAGCUGUGCGGCCCAUUGUGGCAGUUUUAUCCAGUGUCAUUACAUGGCACUGCUGAAUGCUGGAAUUAUUAUACCAGCUAAUUGUGCCAGUGCUCUGUGCAGCUGUGUGUGUGCCCUCUCUUGUAUGUCAAUACCUACAGUGUAUAUUUUUGCAGCAUCUAGAACAAUCAUUUUGUAUGACAGAAAUGAUGAGGUAGUGGAACAGCAGACACCAUAUGUAGCAUGUGGAGGUUAUCAUCACUGCACUUUAAUAAAAAGGAAUAAUCCAAAGGGCCUAUUUGUUAUAAAUUCUCAUUUUGUUCACAAUAAAAAUGACGAUGAAUUUGA